AUUUCGGAUAACACGCAUUUCCAGUGGGAUUUCAGGGUACUGGUAGUCCCCCCUUAUUUUCGCCUUCGUGUACAACUUUCAUUGCUAAGUUGUGCAAGUGGGCUUACACAGCUUAGACAUUCUAGCCUGGAAUAGCAGACUUAUUACCCACUCUCCGCGCGAUCUAAAGCAACAAAUUGAGCCUUGAAGUUCGUUAUGGCUUCGCGAGCCCGGCAGCUAGUGGAGAUUCUUUCUCAAAGUAUCUCCGACAUCGAGGACUUUCUCAAGACUCAAGAUGCACCAGAUCUCUCGAUCGAACAGGAUGUGCCUUUGAGUUUCCACGCAAACCCAAAAUUUGCUUCGACCAAGGAUGCCGCCCUGUUGGCUUGUAAGGAGCUUUCAACGCUGCUAGGCGGUUCUUUCGCCGCCAUAACCAAUCAAACGACUAGCGAAUUUGCGAAUACGCAAGCGAUCUGCCGCUUCAAGAUCCCAUCAAGCUUUCCACCCGAUCGCGAUCACGCAACAUACGACGAGUUGGCAGCGAACAGUGGUCUUCCAGAACCUGAGGUACGACGCCUAGUGCGUUCAACAUUGCCUUCGUACAUAUUUCUCGAGAAAGAGACGGGCAUCGUGACUCGCACUGCAGCAUCAAAGCUGCUAGCCUAUAAUCCUCUUAUGGUCCAAUGGGUCGAGAUGACUGCGACCGAAAUCAUGCCUGCGACACUGAAGAUCGCCGAUGCGAUGGAAAAGUGGCCACAGUCGGGGGAACCACAUCAGACGGGUUAUAAUCUUGCCAACAACACCGAAGACUCAGCGUUCACACACAUGGCAAAGUUUCCUGGUCGCCCUGAGCAGUUCGCUCAGGCGAUGUCCCUCUUUAGCAUGGGACCAGGUUAUUCUCCCAAGUGGUUACUAGAGAACUAUCCUUGGGAUAGCUUGGAAACUGGCACUGUUGUUGACGUCGGUGGCUCAAAGGGUGAGUAUGGUAUCGCCAUAGCCCGGAAGUAUCCUCAGAUCAAGGUUGUCAUCCAGGAUCUGCCAGACGUGAUCGAAAAAGCCCAGUCGAGCGCACCGGCAGAUUUGGGCGACAGAGUUGAGUUCAUGGCCCAUGAUUUCCUUACAGAUCAACCUAUUAAAGACGCAGACGUGUACCUUAUGCGCUGGAUCUUGCACGAUUGGUCAGAUGCGUAUUCGAUCCGCAUCUUGCGCGCUCUCAUACCAGCAUUGAGAAAAGGGGCUAGGAUUGUACUGCACGAGUACAUCGUGCCUGAGCCGGGCAAGACGUUAACCCUGCAGGAUAGAACUCUAAGGAUAUUCGACACCGCUGUCCGAGCUCUGACGAAUGGCAAGGAAAGAGAAGCGAAUGAUUGGAAAGCGCUUUUCGCCGAAGCAGACAGCAGAUUUCAGAUAUUGAGCAUUGAAAAGCCACCCGUGUCUAGCCUAGGAAUCAUUGUGGCGCAGUGGGAAGGGUGAGUCAGUGCAGUCACUGGAAGUUGAGC